AUGAAAAGUCAAUUAGAAUUAUUUCCCAAUGAAAUAUUUUUGUGUUUAUUUUGUUAUUUUUCAUGGAAUGAAAUAUUAACAUUAUUUUGGUCAUUAAAUAAACGAUUAAAUUCACUUAUUUAUUCAAUGUUUACAAUAAAUAAAUGUGGAAUUAUUCUUAUUCAUCCAGGUUUAUCGUAUAAACAAUUUUCAUCAAAAUAUUUUCCAUUAAUAUCUCAUUAUGAACUUUCUUCUUAUAUUCAACAUAUUCAUUUAAAUGAAAUAAAUUCGAAUUCAUGCAAUUUAUUCAAUAAUAAUAAAAAUAUUCUUCAUUAUCCAAAUCUAAAAUCACUUGUUUUAACUGAAUGUUAUUUAUCCGAAAUAUUAAUUGAAAAUUUAUCGUUACUUAUUCAACAUCAAUUGAAAGAACUUACAAUAAAUAUAGAUGAAGAUAUUUUUGAAACAUAUCGUUAUGAACAAAAUUCAAUUCCUAUUCUUUCUAAUCAAGAAAAAUUGACAGAUUUUAUUUUAAAAUGUUAUAUUUAUUCUAAUGAACAAUUAUAUUAUUUAAAAUGGCUUUUUAAUAAUUUAAAUCAUGUUAAAAAAGUUCAAUUAAAUGUACGAAUAAAUGAUAUGUAUCAAAGAAAUUCUCUAAUUACUAAUUAUACUGAUGUUGAUGCAAAUUUUAUUGAAAAAUAUUUUAUAAGUGAUAUAAAAAUAAAUUUAAUUCAUUUGAAUUUUAAUAUUAUUUCAAAAUGUAAAUAUUCAUUAAAUAAUAAAGAAAAAAUCCUUAAUUCAUUUAAAAUCAAUUCAUUUUUUGUUGAACAUCAAUGGACAAAUGUUAAUUAUUUGUUUGAUUCAAUAAAAUCUUAUCAAUAUUUAUCUUCUUCAAAUGUAAAAAUAUCAAAAUUUUUCUAUGAUUUAAUAGAAUAUCCAGAUAUAUUCGAUUGGCCAAAUAUUAAAUAUAUUGAAGUGAUUUUUCAUUCUCGUAUUGAUCGAUUUCUGGAACAAUUCGAUCAAUUUUUUCCAAAUGUAACUUGUAUAAAAUUUUUUAUGGAAUAUGAUGGAAGAAUUCAUCAAGCAGAUAUUACAAUACCACCAUUAGAAAUGGAAGAUUAUCGAUUAACUAAUAUUCGUUUACAAAAUGUCACAAGAUUUGAUUUGGGAAUUUUUCUAUGUCGCCAAUACCAAGAUGAUAGAUCUAUCAAUGAAAUAAAAGAACGUGCAAGAACACUUGCUCAAAUUAUUUCAAUGCCAAUUCAACUUAAAUAUCUUCGAAUCUCAACAUUUAUAUGGCUUCUUCAAAUUAUUGAAUAUGCAUCUAAUGAAUUGAGACAAGAUGCGUUAAAUACUGUUAGAUAUGCAGAAUUCUCUCUUCCUAGUUGUCAUCGUGGCUCAAAUCAAUCGAUUCAUAUUGGCAAAUCUCUUGUACCUUUUCUUAAGACUUAUAUGCCUCAUCUUCAAACAUUACAUCUUUGGAAACUAGAUGAUUUUCCUUGGACAUCAAUUCGACCAGAUUUUGAACGACGCCAUCAUCGUACUUUGGCUCGACGAUGGGCAAAAUCGUUAAAAACAUCGAAAUCUAUUAAUAAACAUGUGAUUGUUUUUGAACAAGAUCUUUCUCAAUUAGUCAAACAAUUGACAGAAUUUGUUUUUCUUGAUAUUCAUGGUAAUAUUCCUUAUGAAAAAGUCGAGCCUUAUCGAUCUAUGGUCGAAAAAAUUUUUCCCAAUCGUCAACUUCAUAUUGAUAUAGCAAGAUUUCGUCUAUGGAUAUGA